CAGUCCCGAAGAAGAGUUGAACCCACCUGAUGAUCUUUGAAGACAAUCCGCUCCAUAUUUCAUCCAAGUGACGAUAAAACAAUCUACCUCUACCUUGAUAUUUUUGACUCGAGAGGAUGCACACUACGCAGAAGGACACGACUUAUACCAAGAUUUUUGUGGGAGGUUUGCCAUAUCACACCACUGACUCUAGCCUGAGGAAAUAUUUCGAGGUGUUCGGGGAAAUUGAGGAGGCUGUUGUGAUUACCGACCGACAGACUGGCAAGUCUAGAGGUUAUGGAUUUGUGACGAUGGCUGAUCGCUCGGCUGCCGACCGAGCAUGCAAGGAUCCAAACCCCAUCAUUGAUGGCAGGAAGGCCAACGUCAACUUGGCAUACCUGGGGGCUAAGCCACGGGUGAUGCAGCCAGGCUUCACCUUUGGCGUGCCCCAGAUCCAUCCUGCUUUCAUCCAGAGGCCUUAUGGGAUCCCGGCGCACUACGUGUACCCACAGGCCUUCAUGCAGCCCAGCGUGGUGAUCCCUCACGUGCAGCCCAGCACUGCCUCGGCCGCGUCCGCCUCCUCGCCCUACAUCGACUACACGGGCGCCGCCUACGCCCAGUACAGCGCCGCCGCCAGUGCCGCCGCGGCCGCUGCCGCCUAUGAGCAGUACCCCUACGCCGCCUCUCCGGCUGCCACCGGCUACGUCGCCACCGCCGGAUACGGAUACGCAGUGCAGCAGCCCCUGGCGACCGCCACGCCCGGGUCGGCUGCUGCCGCCGCUGCCGCCUUCGGCCAGUACCAACCACAGCAGCUGCAGGCUGACCGCAUGCAAUAACAGCCAACCGGCAGUCAGACACCAGGGGGGUGGGGAGGUGCUGCCCCCCACCCCAGCUGCUCGCUGCUGAUUGGCCAUGGACGAGGAAGAGAAAGCAAGGGAGUGGACGCUGGUUGGAUGAAUGUGCUGUCAGCAGGAGAAAGGGUGGGGAUUCGGCAGGUGGACUGGUGAGGUGGGAACUCCGUAGCUUUCCAACUUGCUGUGUUUUUUUCCCAAAACCAAAAAAAACGACAAACAAGUGAACAAAGGAAGAAAAAAAGAACAAAACAAAGAUAAAAUUGAGACAAAAAAAUCACAAGGAAGAGUAUGGAAGGAGAGUUAGCUUUUUACCAUUAUCAUUAUUGUUAUUAUUAUUAUUAUUAUUAUUACAAUUUUUGUUGUUUGACAUACGGUAUAAUUAUUAAAGUAGAGUAUUUAUUGCUUAAAGAAGAGCAAAGACUAAUCACUGUGGUAUACUGUAGCUGUUGAUGAGGCCUUAGGCCCCUUAGCUGUCAUUAACGUAGGGGGCAGGUUUUAAGUCCGAGGUCAUUUCGUGAAGUGACUUCUGCGGCAUUGUGGUUCAGAAGCCCGCUAACUCCUUAUUUAUUAUCCUUUGAAAGGGCUCCUUUGUGUUCUGUCUACUUAAGUGCAUUGAAGUAUAUUAUUAUCAUUAUUAUUAUUACUAUUACUAUUAUUUUCUGAUUUAUCAGGGAAAAACGGAGCAUCUUACAGUGAUUAGAGACCUCUGCCGAUCAGGGAAUUGUAGGAAUAACUGUGGAGAAAUGGAGAGAGGAGAGAGAGAGAGAGAGAGAGAGAGAAAGCAUUAGGAACACAGUUGUAGCUCAUGUCACAUGUUCAAAACUACCUUUCAUCUUUCAAAUGCUGAAUGUCCCUUUUUUCUCUGACUUUCAUUUUGACCUCUUGACCUAUGCAAAACAAAUACACACAUACACACUCACACACAUUCAUAAAUGCACUCCACAGAGAGAUUAACAAAACAACAUGCAACUGUAGGAAAUGCUGAUUCACUGAAGGUUCUUAGUUAGCUCCAUGAAAUCAGUGUUGAGCAAUGAGAACGUGUGAAUGAGAAGAAUGAUUUAUCACAUAACACACACACACACACACACACAGACAGAAUAUGGACAUGGAGGACAGGUAGCAUGGUGGUGCAGUCCCUCUCUCGCACCGGGGGUUAGUGUGUGUGUGUGUGUGUGUGUGUGUCUAUCUGUGAGUGUGUGUCUGUGUGUGCUGGGCAACAGCUGCAGGGGACAGGCAGUGACACACAGGCCGACUGCUCUGGAAAGAACGCAUCACUUGUGCUCGUUUGUUGAGCUGUCACAUUUUAAUCCCUCUCUGCGCCCCACACCCCCACCACCCUCGUCAGCACUUCCAGACCCACAGCGGGAUUGGAGGACUUCUCACCCCCCUCCCAGCCCCUGGCCAAGCUCACCCCACCCCCAACCACCUCCCAACGUCCCAUCCAGCGGCCGAACCUCCUCUGUGUGGGACUUCAGUGUGCUGUAGGGACAGACAAAGAGAGAAAGCGAGAGAAAGCGAGAGAGAGAGAGACUGAGAGAGAGACCACAUGAGGUGCACAAUAGGUGUGACGGCCCGGUAACCUCUCCUUGUCCUAGACACGUGUACCAACCAUUGGCCCAUCCUGUCCAAUUCACACCUCCGUCGACUGUGGAGCACCCCAAAAACAUCCACCACCAACAUCACCUCUGUGGUUUCCUCAUCCAGCAGAAGAGCUAGCCACCAGCAUCAGUCCUCCAUAAGCGAGGAUGGAUUUUUUGACAAGCAGAAAGACAACAAAGCAAAACAAAGAACAGCUACAUUCUCAGAAGAACUAACACCAUAUUUUUGUAUUACAAAGCAGCACUCUAGUUUUAAAGGAUUCACCUGCAAAUGUAAAAGGGUACCCCCUGUGCCUUACUUUCAUAAUGCUAUUUAAGAGAGCAGAGAUUGACUAUUUAAGAUAUUUAUUCAGAGAGGUGACUGUGUUGCGCCUGAAAGAUGAAGGCUUUGUGGCGGUACUGUAUCACUAUCAUGUGUUCAUCUCAUGGCAUAUAAGUUAUUCAGUAGAUUUAGUUGUAUUAUUAUUAUUAUUAUUAUUAUUAUUAUCAUUAUUACUUUUAUUAUUACUAUUAUUAUGAUUAACAUACUGAACCAAAAUAUUGAUGUAGAAUUUAUUUAAGAUGGAAUUCUGUAUGUGCACUGUACAAUUCUAGUUUUUGUGCAUUUUGCAUUUUAGAACAUGACAUUAUGACAUUAAAUAUUGGCUAGUUUAAUGCCGUUUGUACGAAACUUUAUUUAAAAUGCUGGCCCUGUUACAGGGCAGAUAGUCCCUUUUUUGCCUUUUUCGUUUUCUAGAACUGUUGAAAUGACAUCCAAGGAGAAACAGCCCAAAGUGCUGCUCAACAUACAUUAGAAUGUAUAGUCGUUGUCAAGAUUGAAUAGCUGUUGCUUCUGUUGCUUUUAAUACUCCUCAGACGGGCUAUUUUACAUAUGUUGGGAAUUUUUAUACUUGAAUUAUUUCUACAAGGGAAAAUAUGAAAAUAAAUGACAAAAAAAAAAACUUUUUAAGAAAGCUUUUCAUUGUCACUGGAUUGGAGGCAUGUAAGUGUUAUCUACUAUUUAAAAUGCAAAGGUCCUGUUUGUAUUCAAACUUUAUUUAAGAGUUUCAACACUAUUUACUCUAUACAUGGAAAUAAAUGAUUCUCAAAUCGG